CCUUCCCCACAUUUUCGAUCUAUACACUAUGAAGCUUUCUGUGGUUCUCAUCACCGUGGCAGCGGGUACCGCUCUGGCCGCUCCUGUCGUCAAGAAGAGUGACAACGACGAGCUCGUCGGCAAUAUUUGGCAGGUGGACACUAAGAGAAGUGACAACGAUGAGCUUGUCGGAAACAUCUGGCAGGUCGAUACCAAGAGGAGCGACAAUGACGAGCUUGUCGGCAACAUCUGGCAAGUCGACACAAAGAAACGCAGCGACAAUGACGAGCUUGUUGGCAACAUUUGGCAAGUCGACACUAAGAAGAGGAGCGACAAUGACGAAUUGGUUGGCAACAUCUGGCAAGUUGACACCAAGAGAAGCGACAACGACGAAUUGGUCGGAAACAUCUGGCAAGUCGACACCAAGAAGAGGAGUGACAACGAUGAGCUUGUUGGCAACAUUUGGCAAGUUGAUACGAAGAAGCGAAGCGACAAUGAUGAAUUGGUUGGCAAUAUCUGGCAGGUCGACACUUAGAGAGCAACUUGACGAAUGCAAGUGAAAUGCAGGAUAGUGUGGGGGAGCGGUAACUACAGCAAUAGCAACAAUUCUAGAGUAUAGCUGGGGAGAUGUAAGCGCGAAAGUGCAUUUGAUGGCCCGCAUUAGAGGCGACAGGGGCCCGCCCAAUGAGUGAAUUGUGAUUAGUUCAGCUUUGGAAUACUCCUUUUCCUGAUAACUCGUGAUCGUGCCUUUGACUCCUGUAAAAACUGUUUCGAAAAUCAUGAAAUAAACCAAGAAAU